AUGCUCUGGCUCUUGCUCCUGAGCCUGUGGGCCCCCCUGCUGUGCCCCUCCCUUGCCUGCACCACGGGGGGCAGCGCUGAGUGCCAGAAGGCCCCACUGGUUCCCGGGUCCAACCUGGCGGGGGAGGGCUUCGACGUGGUCACCAUGGAGCGCAAGCGGGCGUACCUGAUCGACGUGGACACCUGGAGGCGGGCCCGUGACAAGACCUGCACCCUGUGCGCCAACCCCUACAUGGAGAAUCAGCUGCAGAAGCUGCCGCUGGCGGUGGUGGACUGGCGUGCCCUGCCGAGCUGCAGGAUGCAGGUCACCAGCACCUCCUUCCAAUCCAGCGAGGACUUCGCCAACAACAGCCAGACCGGCGUGGACAACAGCUGGAGGGUGGGGCUGGAACUGGGCGUCCCUCAGGCUCAGGCCUCUGUCAUCCUGGGGGGAUCCCACUCCCGGGCCGCCAAGGAAGCCAUGGAAAAGAGCAAGAAGGACAGGUUCAGCUUCAUCAGGCAGGAGUUCCUGUGCUCCUACUACAGCUACCGUCUCGUGGAGCACCCUCCCCUGCAUUCCGAAUUCUCCCGCGCCCUCAAGCGCCUCCCCCCCGUGUACAACAACCAGUCGAAGGCGGAGUACCGCCGGCUGAUCCACACCUACGGGACGCACUUCAGCAGGAAGGUGCAGCUGGGAGGGAGCGUGCGGAGUGUGACCGCGCUGCGUGUGUGCCAGGCAGCGCUCAGCGGCUACAGCGAGGAGGAGGUGAAGGACUGUCUGAACGCCGAGGCCUCGCUCACCGUGGGCAUCAGGGCCUCCGUGAAGACCGAGGCGCAGCACUGCAAGCACGACCUCCAGCAAAAGCACUCCAAGCAGAACUUCCACAGCCACUUCAGCGAGAGGUCUACUGAGGUGACGGGGGGCAAGUCGGGCGUCUCCGACCUGCUGUUUUCGGGAGUCUCCGACCCUGCGGCCUUCCGUGACUGGAUGGGCAGCCUGAAGGACACCCCGGACGUGGUCACCUACUCCCUGGACCCCAUGCACCUGCUGGUGCGCCGGCCAGAGAGGAAGAGGAGGGGGCUGAAGAAGGCUGUGGAGGACUACAUCCUGGAGCACGCCCUGCUCAAGAGAUGCUCCGCCAGGUGCUCGGGGGGUGCCACGCCCAGCUCCCAUGAUUCCUGCGACUGCGUCUGCCAGCCCAGUGGGCAGAUCAACAGCCACUGCUGCCCAACGGCGCCCGGCCUGGCCCGCAUCACCGUCACAGUGGAGCGUGCCGAGGGCCUGUGGGGGGACACCACCGACCAGACCGACGGCUUUGUCAAGGUCGCUGUCUGCGGCAAGACCACUCAGACCACGGUGCUCUACAACAACAACAACCCUGCCUGGAACGAGAAGUACGACCUGGGCGACGUGAAGCUGUCCCUCGCCUCCGAGCUGAAGCUGGAGGUGUGGGACGAGGACAACGCCUGGUACAAGCGGUGGAACGACCUUCUGGGGAGCUGCAAGGUCCAGCCCAAAGAGGGGUUCCACAAAGACAUAUGCCCGCUGAACCACGGCACGCUCUACUACUCCUACAAGGUGGAGUGUGCCCCAGGGCUAAGCGGGGACACAUGCGACAAGCACAAGCCUUCUCCCAUGAGCCCCAGCCUGGCAGAGCUCUACGCCUCCCGGAACAGCCUGAACAUGACCUCUGACCUCCUGGCUCAGAUCAGGAAGGGCUGGCCUGUCGCAGACCCCCUGCUCUCUGUGGGGAAGCUGAACAGGAACAGCAGUGAGGAUCAUCCCUGCCUCUCCACCCCUGCUGAGCCGUGA